CUCUUUACAAUUCCCUUUUCAUAUUCAUUAAACACCAACAUUCUAAUGUCUGCCCUACCUACAGAUGUGAUAUUACACAUAUUGUCAUUCACGUCUCUUUGCACUAUUUGUAAAGUUUUAAAUGCCGCCAGCCAUACAAACGAAAUUCCUCUUCCAAAUAAAUUAACGAACCACUACCUAGAAUCACUGUGCAAACAAGAAAUCAUAUCUCGUGCUAAAAGAGAAAGAUGGAAUAUUUCAUUCUAUACCCCGUCAGCCUACUUAGAAAUUCUUGGUAACCGAGAAACCGCUCUUUCAUUAACACCGGUAGCUAGUCUAAAUUGUAAAGGAUAUUGCAGUCAAGCAGAAUAUUUAAGGUUCGAAGAAGCAUCCCCAACUAUUACACGCUGCUAUCUUCCAUUGCAAUUGACUGAAGAGAAUGAAUUUGAAUUUCAAUCUAUGAAGAUAUAUUGCUCACGAUGGAUCAAUAUUCCAGCUCAGGAUGGUGAUAACGAGCAGAUAAAGUUAGCUUGGCGUGUGGGCGAUCAAAUUAAGCAAAUUACUGAAGAUUUGUGUAUUUGCUACAGAUGUUCGGUAUCUUCUGCAGCUCAAGAAUUCAAUUGUAGUUUUUGUACUGAACGCAGUAGGUGUAAUAGACAUGCAUUUACAUCCUUCAGUUCGUCUACCAAAUCAACAAAGCAGAUCGAAAUUAUAGAUGCGUAUUUAUCAUUAAAAUGGCUUUUGAAAGGUCUUGUAGAUUAA